GAGGUGAGCGGCGGAGCGGGAGACCCAGUCAGUCGGGCUAGUAACUUGUGCAGGGGAGGAUGUGCGUUAUGUAGUGCGGAUUGCUAUGUGAAGUCUACAGUGAAAAUUAUAAUUAUGGAGAACAAUUCGCUCUGCAGUAGUCUAUUAAAAUGGCUGGAGACGUUUCCCGGCCGCCAGGGCAUCACCAUUCAUAUGCUGACAGACGGCGUCGUCAUGGCAACCGUCCUCCACCAGAUAGCGCCAGAGUACUUCUCCAAGUUCUGGUUGACCAAGAUCAAGGCGGAUGUGGGCGACAACUGGAGACUGAAGGUGUCGAACUUGAGGAAGGUGUUGCAGGGCAUCGUGGACUACUACCAGGAGCAACUCAACCAGAACAUCAAGCACUUCCCUCUCCCCGACCUCAACAAGAUAGGUGAACAUGGGGACCCGUUGGAGAUGGGCCGGAUGCUGCAACUCAUCUUGGGCUGCGCUGUCAACUGUGAGAAUAAGCAACAAUAUAUUGAAGCCAUCAUGAACAUGGAGGAGAGGGUGCAGAAGGUAAUAAUGGAAGCUAUCCAAGAGCUAAUGCUCCGAGAAAGCUCCCCAGGAAUAUUGGUGGGAGAUGGUGAGGGUCGACCAGACCUGGGACCUGCCUCUUUCCACCCUCACAUAAAGACCAUCUUGGAGCAACUGGAAACAGCCACUCAGACCAGGGAUGAGACCGUACAACGUUGUCAUGAGUUAGAGCAGCAGCUAUCAAUGUUGAGUGAAGAGAAGACAGCUUUAGCAACAGAAAAUGAAAAGCUUUUAAACCGCUUAGAUGCUUGGGAGACUGGUGGGGAGCUUGGUACUUCAACGCUCCGUUACAAGGACCUCAAGAAACAGAUUGAUGGUCUCCAAGAUGAACUUUACAAGCUGGAGACAUCUCGUGAUGAAUACCGCACAAAGGCAGACUUGCUUGAGCGAGAGAAUACAGAAAUUCAGGCACGUAAUGAGGAGCUGCAGAAACUUGCAGAUCAAGCACGCUCGCUCAAAGAUGAGGUUGAUGCACUACGGGAGAUGAGCGAGCGUGCAGUAGUGUAUGAGGGAACGAUGGAAACUUACAAGAAGAAACUGGAAGAGUUAAGCGACCUUAAGCGACAAGUACGCAUUCUGGAGGAGAAAAACUCGGAUUAUGUGCAGCACAAUAUGGAAUUGGAAGAGGAAGUGAAAAAGAGCGGAACUUGGCGCCCCCAGUUAGACUUGUACAAGAAACAGGUUGCCGAGCUGCACCAGAAACUAGCAGAGGAGGCCAAGAAGACUGAUCGUCAAAUCUUUGAGAAUAAAAAGCUGAAUGAGAAAAUGGAGGCCAUUACUCAAGAGAAAGAUCGUCUGACCAAGGAACGCGAUGCUCUAAAAGAGAACAUCGAAGAGCUGAAGUGUCACGUCUCCACUCUGACCUCUCCAGAUACUGCUUCUCGGCCUCCUUCAGAUCUGUCGGAUGUUGAAUUGCUGGAAGUAGUUCCACAUGAAAUCAGAGAAAAGCUGAUGCGACUGCAACAUGAAAAUAGCAUGUUGAAACAAAGGGCAGCUGAAGGUGGCAGCCGUGAACAACUACCUGUUCUUCAGACUUUGGUGUCAGACUUACAGGAACGCCAGAAUUCCCUGACUCAGGAGAACAGACAACUAAAUCACCGCAUCAUGGAAUUGGAAAGUGAGGUAGAGGAAGCCAAAGCUACAACAGCUGUGGUAACCCCGAUGGCAGUGGCUGCAGCAUCCAAGACUUUUGAAGGCUCAUCAGUCAGGCCAGUCAGUGCAGAGGCCAGGAGGAUAGUUGAACUGGAAAGGAAACUAACAGAACAAUGUGAUAAGAUUACAUCCCUAGAGGAGAGCUUGUCAAAGAAGGAAAAUGAGAUGGGAGCCAUGGAGGAGCGAUACAAGAAGUACCUUGGUAAAGCCAAGUCAGUCAUCAAGACUCUUGACCCGAAGCAUAACCCAGCUCUUGUGCCUGAUGUAUCAAAUCUAAGAUCUACCAUUCAUGAGAAAGAGAGGAUCAUAGAAAAUUUAGAGCGAGAGUCAGAAAAAACAAAGAUGAUCCGUGACAUGGAAGAAAAACUUAUCACCACAGCCUUCUAUAAUUUUGGCAUGCAAAUGCACCGGCAGAUGAUCAGCCAGCGCUUGUCAACCAUGGACCAGGGUCACUCCUUCUUAUCCCGCCAGAGACAGGCAUCCACCCGACGUGUACCAAUGGGCAGCAAUUUGGCCAACAGUGAAUUUUAUGACUAUUAGCGGCAUCGAUUGUGUGGUUUCUGCCUCAUCCCCUGCAUGGCACACUCCGUCCAGCAGUCAGUUUGAAGAUAUGAAGAUCAGCUGACUCUGACUCAUAGAGCAUAGCUAUAUACACCAUGUAUCUUAUUUUAUUUAGAGUGCAUGACCCAAGUCUCAGCUUGACAAUUUCACUGUACAUCUUAUAAAUUGUUGUCACCUCAGUUUCAUAGUAAUAUACUAUUCAGUACACGGAAAUGAGCAUAGUUUGAGAUUUUGGUCUUGAACUCGACUUGGCACCGCCAUGAAAAAACUAUGGACUGGUUUGUUAACUUUUAACUUUUUAAUUGUGUAUAUAGGAAGAUUUCUAAGAUUAAAGAGUUUUAGUAAAGAUCCAUUUAAUUUUUUAGCUAAAUAUUAACUUAAAUUGUAAUUUUUAUUUUCAAAUGAUUAACCUCUUGUUGACGACAGCAUAUAAUUUGUUAAAAGCAGCCUUCAUAGUGUCUCAUGGAAAUACUGUAUAUCACUGGUUAGGUUUGCACUGUUGGUAUAUGUAGAAGUUUAUUGAUAAAGUACUGUAUUAUGUACACAACCAAAAGCACUAAAGUUAGUAGUUACUUCCUAACUUUUGUAAUUCAAUUUAACUUGAUGAAUAAUUACUAAUGUAUGUUAAAGUGCAAUAGAUGAAUUACACAAUGAAAAUUGUAUCAAUAAUUUCUACAUCCAUGGAGGAAUGAUAGAUUAUUAAAUGAAAAGAUUUUAGUUUGCAAAACAAAUUUACUAUUCCCUAACUUAUAUAGAAUCCUUAUAAAACUAAAACUUUUUCUGUUCAGUAAAAUAUAUUAAAAAUG